AUGGAGCGUAUGGUACCCUCCAGCUUGACUGGCGCGUUUGGUGCCGACUAUCUCAAGAAUUAUACGGCAACCAUUGACUUCAUUACGAAUGCAGGCGCAUACGCAGUCCUCGACCCCCACAACUACGGCCGUUAUAAAAGCAACAUAAUCAACAGCACCUCUGACUUUCAAUCGUUCUGGAAGAACUUUGCUGGCCAGUUCAAGGGCAAUACUAAGGCUAUUUUCGACACUAACAACGAGUACAACACGAUGGAUCAAACGCUCGUCCUGGACCUGAACCAGGCUGCUAUCAAUGGUAUCCGCGCGGCUGGUGCGACAAGCCAAUACAUCUUUGUCGAGGGAAAUCAAUGGAGUGGCGCCCACUCAUGGACAUCCGUAAACACCAAUAUGGUCUCCCUCACCGACCCUCAAGACAAGAUUGUUUAUGAGAUGCACCAGUAUUUCAACGAGGACAGCUCCAGCAGCGACACUUGUGUCUCCGGCACCAUCGGAGCUGAGCGACUUGCCUCAGCCACUGCCUGGCUAAGACAGAACAAGAAGGUCGCUUGGCUGGGCGAAUUCUCGGGCUAUCCGAACUCAGUUUGUCUACAAGCUGUUACCACAAUGCUGGACUAUAUGCAGGAGAAUAGCGAUGUCUGGCUCGGCGGUGCUUGGUGGGCAGCUGGUCCUUGGUGGGGAACCUCGGAGUACUCUUUUGAACCUCCGGAUGGCCCUGCAUACAAGUACUUCGGUGCUACUUUGAGGAAAUACAUACCCUAA